AACCAGACGAUUCAUUGCGAAGUUCUCUGAUGUUUUUAGUUGCUUAACUUUGAGGCAUAAAUGGAGGACGAAUUUCAAAACUUCCUGCAGAAAGUGAACGAAGUCGGGGACAUUGUGAAAGGAUUAGCCUCAAAAAAUUCUCAACAUCAUGAGAGAGCUAUACGGAAAGCAGAUCUUUAUCUCCGGUCUGAUGAAAAAGAAUUUGACGAAGAUGGCAUUUUCACAAAACUGGAUAAGACAGUUGUGAACAAGAGUCAUAUAAAUGGCAGUGAUGGUGAAACCAUGAGCGCAGAAGCAUUCAUGGCAAUUACAGAAAAAGAUGCCAAAAAACGUGCUGAAGAUAGAAGACAGCGCAGGCAAAUAGCCGACAACUUUAAGAAACAAGCUAAUGCUGCAUUUGGUGAAAAGGAUUAUGCAAAGGCUUUAGAUUUAUACAACAAGGCAAUUGAUCAGGUAAAGGAUAGUGGGAUCCUCUAUACAAAUCGUGCAACAACUUUACUUAAGCUCGGUCUGUAUUCACGUGCAGUUGAUGAUUGCGAAUGGGCGCUGAGAGUAAACAGAGAUAAUUUACGAGCCUGGCUGCUGAAGGCUAAAGCACAUCAUUUUCUUGAGCAGACUGAAGAAAAAGCAGAAUGCUUGCGUGAAGCUAGAGUGCGCCAUCCGAACAGUGGAAACACCAUCACAGGUACUUCAACACCCUGAUGCGGAGGUGCAUACUUCUUCCCAUGCUCUUCUGUCAAAGCUCCGCUCAGUAGCAAUGCUUUGUAUGCCAUGUGAUUGUACAUUUGGACUUGGACUGUAUCAAGAAAAGAACUGAAACUUCGAAUUCAAGGAAUCCUUCUUCACAACUGGCCUGAUGUUAAAUCUGGGGAUGCUUUUGGUAGUGUCUGUAUGGUGCAUAUCAGCAACGUGAAAUGCUUUUGCGUGGGGAUGUCGUUACACUAUGUGCAAGGGCCAACUUAUUUUAAAGAUAUAAAAAAACACAUUGGUCAAGAACUAUUAAUAUAGUAUGUAAGGCAAAAGGUUUAUUAGAAAAUGAUAGCUAUUGGGAUGUAACACUGGAGAAUGCUGUACAAGAGAGAUCACUGUUCAAAGUGAGAGAGCUUUUUGCUGUAUUAAUAGCAACCUUUGGGCUUUCAAAUCCCCAGAAAAUGUGGGAAAAAUACAAAAAUGACAUGCAGAAGAUAUAUCGCACAGAUUUAAAGCCCCUCAUGCUACAUGUAAUGAUUUGAUCUACAACAAAGCUCUCCUGAAUGCGGAAGACCACGUAAUAAUGAUAACUGGAAAACAUUUAUCUUACCAAUUAGAACCAGAAACAAGUUACGGCUCCAUUUCAUUGCAACAGCAACUCAAUGAAUAUGUCCUGCAAUUUAAUCCAGAAACAUUUUUAACUAUGUUAUGCAGCAAACAGAGAGUGAAGAAGGUGCUUUGUUCUUUUUAUAUGCUCCGUGAGGAACUAGCAAGAGUUUUGUUUUAAACUCUCUCUUAGUUAAAAUUCAGAAAAAUAAGGAGUUGUGUUGCACCAGCCUCCUCUGGAAUAAUUGACAAACUACUCAGUGGUGACUAAACAGUACAUACUAGCUGUUAACUGCACCUUCGCUCACAUAUCAAUAGUUGUGCCUUAUCACAGUUUUAUGUAAGAAGGAAAUGAAAACUAUAGUAAAUGUGGUUCAUUUAUAACAUUUAGUAGUCAAAUUAUACAAACAAUGAAAAAUACAUGAUGAAAUGGCCAUAAUAUCAAAUGUAUAGAUUGUUAUUCCACAUAUAGAAGAGGUAUUGAGUAGCAGACAGGUGCAUUGAAGAAUGACUGCUGGAAUUUGAUUGAUUUGCCUGUCUGCAGGACUGGUUUGAGAACAUUUUUCCACACAACCAAAUUAUCACUUGUUGCCUGCCACUUCUAUGUCUCAGUUGGUCCAUUACAACCAGGGGACAUCAGCUGGUAUGUACGAGGUGUGACAAUAAAGUAAUGAGACUGAUGUGAAAAAAAUGUUGCUUACCAUUUUAGUCAAGUUUAGUGUUGUCUCCAUCAAAGUAGUUCCCUUCUGAUUGUACACACUUUUUCCAGUGCUUCCGCCAUUGAUGGUAAUAUUUCUGGAACUCAUCCUCUGAAAUAUCCUCCAAGACCCUCGUCACAGCUUUUUGAUCAUCUUGUGUUGUUUGAUAUUGGUAUCCCUUGACUGCCGUUUUGACUCUUGUAAAUAGAAAAAAGUCACACAGUGCGAUAUCUGGUGAAUAAGGUGGCUGUGGUAGUACUGAAAUUCGUUUUUGGGUUAAAAAUUACUGUACUGACAGAGCAGUUUGGGAUGGCGCAUUAUCGUGAUGCAGAAUCCAAUUAUCAGCAAUGUUGGCACGAACACGAAGAACUCUUUUACCAAGUCUUUCUAAAAUUUCUUUGCAGUAAUGUAGGUUAACUGUUUGUCCAGGAGGCACCCACUCUUUAUGAACAAUUCCCUUGGAAUCAAAGAAGCAAACAUCAUGCGUUUUACUUUUGCUUUGACAUGUAAUCUUUUUUUGGUCUGGGUGAUCCCUCUGAGCACCAUUGCGAACUUUGGCAUUUUGUCUCUGUAUCAUACUGAAAAAACCAACUUUCAUCACCAGUGAUAACAUGGCUCAACAAUUCUGGAUUGAUUUCCAUUUGUUCUAACGGAUCGGCUGCCCACAUUUUUUUGUGUUCCUCGCUGUUGUGGUGUGAGAUUUUUGGGGACCAUUUUUGCACAAAUCUUUCUCAUACCAUGAUCUUCAGUUAUUAUUAGGCGAACUGUUUUUUGAUUGAUGUUCAGUUCUUCAGCAAUCGUUUUCAUGGAUAAUCUUCGAUCAGAUCGUAUGAGUUCAUGCACCCUGGCCAAGUUGACAUCCGUCCGUGAGGUUGAGGGUCGUCCAUUGCGGUCUUCAUCUUCAACAUUCGUUCUGCCUUCACUAAACAUUUUAUGCCAAUGAAAAACUUGAGCUCUUGACAUAACCUCCUCUCCAAAAGCCUUCUGAAGCUUAUCGUAAGUUGUUGUUGAGUUUUCACCCAAUUUAACGCAAAAAGAAAUGGCAUACUGUUGUGCAAUAUAAUGUGGUUCCAUUUCUGUGACGAGAGACACAAACACGUGUUAACUUAUUACAGCACAAGUUAUGACUGAGCAGUUGCAUUGAUGUGCCGCUUGGACUAGAAUCAGCUUAUAGACCAAGGUCAAAGAUAUUGUGCCUAUGGAAGCCUGCAGGGUUGCCACAUCUUGCAAGGAAAAUCAGUCUCAUUACUUUAUUGUUGCACCUCGUACUUUUCAGUGUCAAUAAACUUUACAGUGGUACACUUUAAGAUAUUGUAUUUUAUUCUGAAAGCAACCAGUUUUUCCAGUUCAUUUUGCCAUAUUCAGGCCCCAUACGCUUUUUUCAAAUCAACAAACUUAUCAUAUAGUGUCAUAAAACUGGAUAGCGUGAAUUCCAAUUGUUGUGCAGAUUCUUCAUUGGAAUACAUGACAACAACUCUUCUAUAUGGUGAGUGUUGUGAUACUACCAGGGGUAUUGAUGGAUCAGUUGAUGUAAUUAUGCAUAUGUCCUGCAAGACCACUAGGUGCAGUGUGGCAGGGUACAUAUGCUGGUGCCAGAACACAUGGAAAAACACCUGCAACAGAUUUAAGGGAUGCUGUGGACCAUAGUGGCCUCACUUGUUGCAACCAGCUGACGUUUAUGGCAAGCUAUCUGGUGUACCUACUGAUGAUGACCGUGUCCUAUGUGGUUUUCACCUGGACUGUUGUUUGAACUUUGUUGUUACCUUCUGUCAGUGUUUGGCUAGCAAUGGACUUGCCUGUCUGCCUAAUGUGGUACCCUUCAUGUGUGGUUCAACUGACACUUGAGUUUUCAGUGAAUGAACCAACUGCUUAUGGGUGUACUGAGAGGUGUAGUGAUUCGAGAAUUUCUGUGUAAAUUCUAGAAUCAUUCGAGAAUUUCUGUGUAAAUUCUAGAAUCACUCAGCCUUCUACUGUCUCAAAAACAUGAUAUUCUAGAUAUGAGUGUGGGAUGGUAAAAUCCUACCUACUGUGCAUCACGUGCUUAUGUGUGCAGGUUUAAGAUCAGCCGUGAGAAGAAAGUAGAUGCGACGGUCGAAUGGCACUGACAAGUACCUGUCGGGCAAUCCACAGAUGUGUUAGUGAGUGUGUGUGGAAGAACUGUGGAAUCUAUAUGCAGCUUUGUGCUUAUUGUGUCACUUACUAUUGUUAUGUGAAACAAGAACAGUUGAAAAAGUUCUCAUGUAGACUCAUGACUCAGCCUUGUUAGAGGCAAGACAUUUUUUCAAUCUCCUUUUUCUGAAAGUCAGGUUCUCGAAGUAGACUUUCUCUCGAAUGUAAAUAAAUUUGUUUCUAACAUACGACUGUAUGAGAGACUUACUAAAGUUUUAUAUUAUGUUGAAAGUGAGAAUUUUUAUUGUGCUUGAAAGUCAAAUACAUCGUUGAUUGACGAAACAUAAA